GUUAGUCUCAUAUAAACGCAGAGCAUAUGUCCGGCUGUGAGAGAACUCACACAUUUUCUUCUAGAAUCGAGAGGAGGUGAGAAGUGGACAGGGAGCGCUGCCUGCCCACACAUGAUGUGGCUGACUCUUCUUUACAGUUGCACCGGUGGAGCAGCUCUUUUGUAUGCUCUGUACAGAUGGCUGAUUCCUGCUGCCGUGCAGUAUCACGGAGGACUGGCACUUUUUUGGCAUGAUGUUAUUGUGGAGAGGAUGUUGGACACUCUGACCCAGUCUACACGGCCUCAGAGGCUCCUGAGUGCAGUACAGAAAAAUGCCACUAGAGGGGACCCUCAGAGCGUGGUGAAAGCCAUCGAUCAGUUCUGCAGACAGAAGGAGUGGGCCAUGAAUGUGGGGGAUGAGAAAGGCUGUAUUCUUGACUCAGUGGUGUCUGAGGUAAACCCAGCUGCUGUGCUGGAGCUGGGGACCUACUGUGGAUACUCCACAGUGCGGAUUGCAAGCCUGCUUCCCCCUGACGCCAAGCUCAUCACCUUAGAGUUUAACCCAGACUUUGCUGUAAUCGCCCGGCAAGUCAUUGCAUGGGCUGGAUUAGAAGAAAAGGUCCAUUUAGUGGUUGGAGCAUCUGGGGACUGGAUCCCAAAGAUGAAGGAGCAUUUUGGGUUGAGCACAUUUGACUUGGUUUUCCUGGAUCACUGGAAGGACCGCUACCUUCCUGACACCAAACUGAUGGAGGAGUGUGGCCUGCUAAGGAAAGGAAGCAUCCUCUUAGCUGAUAAUGUCGUCUGCCCAGGAGCUCCUGAGUACCUGGAAUAUGUCCGCAGCAGCUCACAAUACGAAAGCCAGUACUUCAGAUCUCACCUGGAGUACACCAAAGUGGAGGAUGGCUUGGAGAAAUCUGUUUUCUUAGGGUAGUUUUUAACACAAAUCUCGUGUUUUACAUAAGUGACCUCUUAACUCUGUUCUACUGAACACUUUUACAUGAGACACCUCUGAUUUUCUAGUACG